CACAUGAGUCCGGAGGGGCCGUCCCGGUGCUGGCAGCGCCCCGGGGCCCGAACAGGGCUGGGAACCGGGCUGGGGCUGCUCCUCCUGGCGCUAUGCGGGGUGGACGGGGGCAGCGGGCAGGCGCUGGCAGCAGGUAGAAACUGUAUCCUUUUGCAGGAAAUGGAUGUCAUCCAGAAUCAGGGUGAGAACUGUUUCUGCUAUGUCCACAACAGAACCAUUCACCUGAAGUACCUUUGGUCCACUCUUCAGGUAAAAAUUACCAGCAGAGACAUGUUCAGGUUUGAGCCCAUACCAGAAAAAAGCAACUGUCGUAAUGCAGAAACUGUCUUUGAGUUUGCUGCAUGUGCUGUUAGAAUCUUCUGGAAACCAGAGACAACUACAGAAACCUCCAUCAGCAUCAAAGCAUAUGGAGAUGAUACUUGUUUCAAGAUACAGCCCUUCAAAACCCAACCCUACACCCUGAGUGUGAAACAAGAAAUGCUAGAUGGAAAGCUCUUGUUUUUGUUUGUAGCUGGAAUUUUUCUGUUCCAUUUUGCAAACAGCCUGAGCAGGAGUACCAAGUUCUUUUACCUUUCUGGAGUAAUGCUGGGGGUUCUUGCUCUGCUAGUCUUUGUCCUGUUGACAUGUAAAAGAUUUAUUCCAAGGCACAGUACCUUCUGGAUCUUAAUGAGUGGCUGCUGGAUGUCCUCUCUCUAUUUUAUUUACUGCUUCAAAGAGAACAUGCAGUGGUUGUGGUCUGAGCACAGAUACUACUUAUUGGGAUAUUUUCUGGCUGUUGGAACAACCAGCUUUGCCACUUGCUACCAGCAUGGCCCACUUACCACAGACCUGAGCAUAACCUUGUUCACCUGGACACUGCAAUUAACAGCCUUUGUCUUGAUUUAUUGUGGUGUCACCAUACCUCAAGUGGCAUAUGCAGUCAUAGCUCUCUGCCUUGGUUCCAAAGGCCUCUGGUACCCCCUGGGUGCUGCUUGUCACCUGGGCAGAAAACUGAAGAACCACUUCAGGUCCCAGAAGAUGGUGUUUAAAUGCCUUACUGAAGAGGAGUAUGGAGAACAAGGGGAAGCAGAAACUGCCAGAGCUCUGGAGGAGUUACGUGCAGCCUGCAGGAACCCUGACUUCCCAUCAUGGUUAGCUGUCUCCAGGCUCCAGUCCCCACACAGGUUUGCAGACUUUGUCCUGGGAUCUCCCCACAUCUCAGCUGCAGAAAUAAAGGCACACGAGGAGGAGUACGGCAUCGGGAGCUCCUUCCUGGAGGAGCAGCUCUUUGAGACAAGGGCAGGAGCUGAGCAAGAUGAUCCCACCAAUUCCAUCCAUGAAGGAGAUAAGGAGGAGGAAGAUGAAAUGCAUGAACAAAUUCCUUUUCCAUAUGCUACAGAGUUGCUCUGAGCUUUGGGAAAUAACAAAAAAAAAAAAAAAAACAGAGAGGGAAAACAACGCAUUUGUCCUGGGAAGGAAAGGUGCAGACUGCAAACUCAGGCUUGGGGAUUUCUUCUGCCUGCUGGUGGACAAAAAGGGAUUUUGGAAAAAAAAAAACAAACACAAAACCGUUUACUGCAUCACUGAUGUUACCUGAUUGAAGCAACGGAUGGAAACCAUAGGUGCUGUUCAGGUGAAGAGGAUUCAGAUGCUGUUGGUACUUUAACUAGGGAAGUAAAUGUUGCUUAUUUCCAAAGAGAGUUCUGGCAGCAGCUCAUCCCACCAGGGUGCCUUGUUUUUCCAAGGGUGCUACCUCUAGAGAACAGAGGCCCUUUUGGCCUCAUUUGGCUCUUUUGAUAGCCAAGUCCUCUGUGCUGAGCACUAGAGGGAAGAGAAGCCAUUAUUAAAACUCUGCUUUUACUAAUUAACGUGUGUUUUA